AUGAAUCAUGUGUCCAACUCAUCUGCAUCAGAAUCACCUUCUUCGUCUUUAACUAAACAAAAAUCACCAUUGGAUAAUUCUAAAAAACAAGUACAACUAUUAGCACCAUGGCAGCAUCAUAGUAUGUCAUUGUCUGGUUUAGAUAAAGAAUCAUUUGCACUGUUAAAUGGGGGGCAUACAAUCAAUCCAAUUGGAUCUUUAUAUCCUAUAAACAGUGAAAUUAAUACAAUAAUUGGUAAAUGGUUCAAGGAAUUGAUUGAAUCUGGUCAUGUUCAAACUGUGUGCACAGCAUUAUUGGCUUUAGGUCCAGAACGUUUACGUGUCAGUGAAUGGGUUAGUGAAGCUCAAUUAGAACAUUGGUUUAUUUCAUAUAUAGAAUUAUUAACCCGUUUUCGACUAUGGACGGUAUGUGCACGUAUAAUGAAACAAUGUGGUAAUCCUUUUGCCGGUGCUGAUAAUCAACUGUAUUUACGGGAGUACCGUCGAAGUAUUAAUUUACAAUAUGUUAUUAGACCGAUUGUCAUGAAACCUACAGAAUCUGAAUCUAAAAAUGCUACAAAUACUGGAGAAACUCGAUCCGAUGGAAAUACACGUACACGAUGGAAAAGUGGUGGCCUGACAAGUAUUGAUAAUCAGUUUGCUUCACGCAACAUGUCUCCCGCCUUAGCACCAGGUGUAGCCGCUUUGAAUCAAGCUUCAACCACUCUGUCGAUACGUUGUGGUCUCUGUACAAAACCACUGUGUGCAAGUGAAUCAACUCAACGAUUAACUGGACAUACUGGCUGGGCAUGUUCACGACAUGCAACAUCAUGUGAUCCAGCGACAAUAACUUGUGCUUUAUGUCAUUUAGUUGUUCGAGGUUUAUUUGUCUGGUGUAGAGGAUGUAGUCAUGGUGGACACCUAGAUCAUAUGCAGGCUUGGUUGAUGAGGCGAUCUGAAUGCCCAGCUGGAUGUGGUCAUCGUUGUAGAUAUAAUUGA